AACUAUUAAUACAUUCACAGACAGCUUUGGGCUCUGCCCUGGCCUUUUUGUCUGAGCAAAUUCCCACAAGCUGUCAUCAGCCCAAUGUGUUUAUGAAUUGCUACGAAUCGGUCUGAAAGUCCUGCGGUCACUGAAUUUACAUGAUUUAAAACCUCGAGGGAACCAAGGCCUCUCUGUGAGAAAGGAAAUGACAUCCACCAAAAUGCCCUAGACACUGGCUGACAAAUCCCUUAUUUUGCCCAGUCGUGCAAAUCUGAAGUCACCUGAAAUCUUUCAUUACCAGCUACUCUGGUGAGCAAGGAUUGAUUGCCUUCGACUUCCGGGAAGCACAGCAUUUUUGCCAGCUUUUCCUCUUUCAGGCCCUUUUCCGGAAAACAUCUGGCCAGGUAAGAGGCUGUGUUGGUCAUCAGUUUAUGGCAACAAUUCUUCUGUGUUAAUUAGCCACUGGACAAAUAGCAGCAGCCCAGGUAUCCUGAAGAGUUCUUCGAAGACAUGCAGAUCAGAAAGCUACUUUACACUGUGUGCCUUGUAAAUGUUUUCGUGUCUUGCAACACUGAGCGAGUGCCUGGACUGGCCACAUCAGCAUCCCCUGGGAGCUUGUCAGAAAUGCAGACUCUCAACCCCGCCCCAGACCUACUCAACGUGAAUCUGCGUUUUAACCAGAUUCCCAAGUGGUCCAUGUGUACAUUACAGUUUAGGAAGCUCUAUUUUGAGGGCAAGGACCAUGUGUGUGUGUGUGUGUGUAUAUAUAUAUAUAUAUAUACACACACACACACAUUUUGGUCUUCCCUCUGCACUGAACAUGGAGGUGAUAGUACAUACCUACAAAGAAUUAAUAAAACAAUAUUUCGGAGCUUUCAUGGAAGACAGAUUUUCAAGCUCUCGUAAUCUCUUUUAAAACUCCACGAUACCCUUAAAGUAUAUAGUACACUUUUUACUUUCUUUACCCAUCUCCCUGUUAAAUAAGCCUUUGCUGCAUAAAAGGAUUAUAUGAUCUCAAAGUGUCUGUGAAUGUGAAUUGCAGCCUUUAAAAUGUUUUCAUAAACAUAAUGGUAUUAAAGGAGCCAUUUCUUGCAUGUUUUUGUUGGUGGCAGAACUGCUGAGCAUUGAGGCUUCAGAGCUUGUCUUUUCCACCCGUCCUGUCCCCAGAGCCCAGUGGACACUAGAGCCAGUGUGCCCUCAGGCCAUAGGUCACCUUUUUGUUAGACCUCAGGGCUUUGUUUUGGAUCAGGUGGCAAAUAAUUCUUUUUGAUUCAUAAAUCAUUAACACAAACACACCAAGGGCAUAUGUGGAAAGCCCAGCCACUACCACAGUACUGAUGUGGACGCGGAAACUCCAUUAGCUUGUAGGUUCAUGCAGGUACGGCUCUCUAAAAGUACGCAACAAACAUCAGAAAACGCAAAAGUCAAAUACGACGAGUUUGCUUCGGGAUGAGGAAACAGACUCAGAGAACUCCAGUUAACUUGCCAAGACCGCACAAUGGAUCCAUGGCUGAGCUGAUUCCAGGCCAGCUACCCUCGUGAGGAUGAGGAUUAAAAUGAUGUACUUUUACUUCUAAAGACAGCUGGGACACCAAGGCGGUUCUGCGACGAGCCACAGGCACCAAGGCUCAGUGUCAGCAGGAGUUCAGGAAUCUUCAGGACAAGGCACUUUCCUGAGCAUUGGACCAGCGACCACUUGGCUUCCAGGGAGGACACACAGCCAUCAUGGAACCCAAACCUCAGAAGAGUCCAGGCAAACAAUUUACAUUUUCUUAUGAAAAUGAAGUCUGCAAACAAGAUUACUUUAUUAAAUCACCACCUUCUCAGCUGUUCUUCUCUGUGACCUCUUGGAAAAAGCGGUUUUUCAUCCUGUCAAGGACUGGGGAAAAGAGCUUUAGUCUUUCUUAUUACAAAGACCAUCAUCACCGAGGGUCCAUUGAAAUUGAUCAAAAUUCCAGUGUAGAAGUUGGCAUAAGUAACCAGGAAAAGAUGCAAUCUGUGCAGAAGAUGUUUAAAUGCCACCCUGAUGAGGUCAUGUCCAUCAGAACCACUAACAGGGAAUACUUCCUCAUCGGCCAUGACAGGGAGAAGAUUAAAGACUGGGUCUCCUUCAUGUCAUCAUUUCUCCAGGUUAUAAAAGCAACACAUCAGAACACAGAGGAGGAACUCUCAUUGGGUAAUAAAAGAACCCUCUUCUAUCCCAGCCCUCUCCUUGGCCCUCCCAGCACAUCGGAGGCUGUUGGUUCCAGCUCACCAAGAAAUGGUCUCCAGGACACGCAUUUAAUGGAAAAAAGUUCUCCAGGAUUUAGGCAAGCUCAUCUACAAGAUUUACCAGAAACCACUCAAGAUGUGAAGGAAGAGAAUUAUUAUCUUACUCCUCGAAGUGUUCUUCUAGAGUUGGAUAAUGUCAUUGCUUCCAGUGAUUCUGGUGAAUCCAUUGAAACUGAUGGUCCAGACCAGGUCUCUGGAAGAAUCGAGUGUCAUUAUGAGCCAAUGGAAUCCUAUUUUUUCAAAGAGACAUCCCAUGAGUCUGUGGAUAGCAGCAAAGAGGAACCCCAGACCCUUCCAGAGACCCAGGAUGGGGGCCUCCACCUGCAAGAACAAGGCUCAGGAAUUGAUUGGUGUCUUUCCCCUGCCGAUGUGGAAGCACAGACCACAAAUGACCAAAAGGGGUCGGCCUCACUAACUGUUGUGCAAUUGUCUAUAUUAAUCAAUAAUAUCCCUGAUGAAAGCCAAGUGGAGAAACUGAACAUUUUCCUUUCUCCUCCUGAUGUCAUCAACUAUCUUGCUCUCACAGAAGCCGCAGGACGGAUAUGUGUGUCUCAGUGGGAAGGCCCCCCACGUCUGGGAUGCAUAUUUUGCCACGGAGAUCAUCUUUUGGCGGUGAAUGGCCUGAAGCCCCAGAGCCUGGACGAGUUCUCCUUGUUUCUCACCCGGUCCAUCCAGAAGGAGAAGUUAAAGCUUACCAUCGGCAGGAUCCCAAAUUCAGAGACAUUUCAUGCUGCGUGCUGUACGUGUCCCUCAAAACGCCGAAGUGCUGCACCUUCUCAGCUGGGUAAGCCUCGACUGGACAGGGCUCCCAAGAGGAGUCCGGCCAUUAAAAAGAGCCAGCAGAAAGGAGCUGGGGAGUAACGCACCCCAGACCCAUGGCGGUAGAACCAGGAUGGAGCCGGGACUGUCCAGCUCUGCCACCCGCUACUGCCAUGUGAUAGGAGACAGUCAGCACACCCCUCUGAAUUUCUGCAUCUGCAUCUUAACAAUGGGGAUGACUAUUCCCUGUCUGGUUAUUGCGUCAGAGAUGUUAAGAGGGUCACAUGACAUGAUUGGAGGACCUGGGGGAAAUGGAAGUCCUUAUUAUCUCAGCUAUUGUCCCAAACACCACAGACACAGAUUGGGUCAGUCCCUCACGUAAUACAUGCCAUGUUCUGUGA